AUGUCGUCUACAAGCGAGUCCUUCACGCUCCCAAAUGGGCGACAGAUGGCCUAUGAUCUGUCAUCCAGCGAUCCCUCCAAUCGCGUGGUCCUUCUCUCUAAUUCCUUGGCCGAAGAUUUGACCUCCUGGGACCGCGUCGUGCCGGUAUUGGAAAACCAAGGCUUCCGCGUCCUUCGCUACGAUCAUCCGGGCCAUGGACGCUCGGGUGCACCUACUGAAGACGAAUUGACCUCCAUGACAUUCGAGAACUUGGCGGAUGAUGUCUAUCAUCUUCUCGGGCAUCUCAAAAUCAACAGGUUGCAUGCCUGGAUCGGUGUCUCAAUGGGUGGAAUCAAGGCCGUGUACUUCACCGCGCGCCAUCCGGGCAUCGUGAACAAGAUCGUCGUGGCUGACGCUAUCGCCGCCUCCCCGGCUGUAGCCUGUAUCCCCGAUAACUUCGCCGCCCGAGUAAGCGCCGUCAAGCAGUCGGGUUCCAUAUCAGAGGACCUGUCAAAUACUCGGAAGCGUUGGUUUGGUGAAGAUUGGAUGGCGCGGCAUUCGGAGGAGACGGCCAGGAUGGAGAAUUCCAUGGCGACAACUACAAUUCAGGGGCUGGAAACGUGUUGCGCCGCCCUAAGAAGCGCUUCUUUCGACCUGAGGCCGCUUUAUCCGAAGGUGGGACACGGCUGCGAAGAGGCGCUCAUCGUCGCCGGGGAGAAGGAUGCGGACCUUCCAGUCAAGAUGCAGGAGAUGCGACAGGCUAUUGAGGAGAGCUUCCGGAGUUGUGGAAAGAAGGUGCCCGUACGGAUGGAAAUUAUCAAUAAUGCCGGGCAUGUUCCCUAUAUUGAUGGUUUCGAGAACUUUUGCGAGAUAAUCACCAAAUUCCUUUCCUAG